AUGGGAAAAGAGUUUACGGUAUACUCCGAUCAUAAACCCUUAGAAAAUAUGAACAUCAAGUCUAGAACCGAUGAAGAAUUAGGCGAUUUGACAUAUUAUUUAUCCCAAUUUAAUUUUAAAAUUAAAUAUAACCCAGGAAAAUCAAAUCAAGAAGCAGAUUGUUUAAGCAGAAACCCAGUUCUAGAACCUUAUGAUAAUAAUGAUGAUUUUUUAAAAGUAGUCAAUAUCAUAAACCUAGAAGAUAUAAAGAAUGACCAAAACAUAAAUCUAGAUAUAGAAAAAGAAAAACUUAUAUUUGAAAAUGAAAUUUACCAUAAAAAGAAUUCAAAAAGUAAAAAAAUUAUACUAUCUGAAGAACUUAGCAAGACUCUUAUAAAAGAUGUCCACGACACUUACUGCCACAUUGGGAGAACUCAGAUGAUAAGUAAAAUAACACCAUUCUACACAGCAAAGAAUAUCAUAGCAAACAUUAAAAAAAUUUGUGAUGAAUGUGAAAUUUGUAUAAAAAACAAAUCAAGGCGGAAGUCGAAAUAUGGCUUAAUGUCACAUCUGGGUCCACCAACACGCCCGUUUGAAAUUAUUUCUAUUGAUACCAUUGGAGGCUUUGGAGGAUCACGGUCGACAAAAAAAUACUUACACCUUUUGGUCGAUCAUUUUACAAGAUAUGCAUAUAUUUUAACAUCAAGAAAUCAAAGCUCCAGUGAUUUUAUUAAACUAAUUAAAAAUGUGACACAGAGUCAUAAUAUUGAUAUGGUACUAACCGAUCAAUACCCUGGAAUAAAUUCUAAAGAAUUUAAAGAAUUCCUAAUAAAUGAAAAUAUACGAAUGGUUUUCACUGCUGUGGAUUCACCUUUUUCAAAUGGACUUAAUGAAAGGCUUAAUCAAACCUCACAAGAUACACAUAUAUUGGAAUAA